UAGAAAUGACACCGACGUGACAAAACUGACAAAAAUACUUUUCUAAGUGAGAAACUCGUUCUGAAAAAGUGACAUAUUUCAACUGUGAGUCUUAAUAGUAGAGCUAAGUUGUGUAUUCUGAAAACGUCUGCAAAACCAAAAUGAGUUCAUGCAGUCAGCUGUAAUUUUAUUUUGCACAUUACAUUACACAAUAAUGGACGAAGACCACAGACUAAAAUGUGGUAAGAUGCUACAACUCGAAUCAGGACAAAUAAUCUUUUUAUGUAAGAUUUGCUCUGGUGAGUUCAUUUCAUUAGGGCUGUUCGUUCGUCAUCACAGAAUGAUACACGGUGCUAUCCAAUUGCAACCAUUGCAACAAAAAAACACAUGUGAGGCUACUCGAUGGCAACCAUCGCCUCAAACAGUGACACAUGGUGCUGUCAAAUUGCAAUCAUUGCAACAAAAAAUUACACAUGGGGCUACUCGAUUACCACAAUUGACUCAAACAGUGACACAUAGCGCUGUCAAAUUGCAACCAUUGCAACAAACAAUUGCAGGAUCCUUAACAGAAAAAAAAUAUCCACUCGUGGUUAUUAAACGUUCUGUUCCACCGGCAACUCAAACAACAUCGGCUAAAAAAAGUGCUCCGAUCCCGCCAUACAGCUCUGACAGAGACGAAACAAUUUCGUUUAGAAAAUUACUCGGCUACAAGUCGCCGCAAGAGGAAACGCAACUCCGGAAGGAGUUCGAUACAGAGAUUCAUAGAGACACAUGCAAACCAAAAGCUCGAAUCAAAUGCGAUUACUGUUCGAAAACCUACCUUUCCGCCGGAGGAUUAAGAAUUCACAUGCACCGUCAUCACAAAUUAAACAUUCCGUUUUUAUGCGACGCAUGUCCAAAAGCAUUUAACCUGCCUUCCGAAUUGACAUUGCACCGACUUACCCACGGCAUCGAAAGAAACAUUUUGUGCGACUUCUGCGAUCAACAGUUUUUAACGAAAUACCAAAGAGGUAUCCAUGUGAAGUGUGACCAUGCGAAUGAAACGUAUCGCUGCACAGUAUGCUUUUUUGAUAGCAAAGUACUUGGGGUCGUACGACGUCAUCAAUCUUUGGCACAUGGUAUUUGAACUCAAUUGGUGGCGAUCAAUUUUUAUUUUGUAUACAAAUGUUCUACUUUGAGUUGUAGUGAUUUUGAAUAAUUAAUGAUUAAGAACUUAAACUAAAAGAGCCGGUUGAAUCGGCGGUUUUAAAAUAUUGAAUUGUUAAACUGAUUUUUCAUACGUUAAAAUAAAAGAGCAAAGUCAAACGUU